AUGAAGCAAUUGACUGCAAAUGUGAUCAGAGUUGUCCAAUACACUACCUGGAUGACUAAUGUUGUGCCAGUGCCAAAGAAAGAUGGAAAGAUCAGAGUUUGUGUUGAUUACAGAGAUCUAAACAAAGCAAGUCCAAAGGACAAUUUUCCAUUACCCAACAUUCACAUCCUGGUUGAUAAUUGUGCCAAACACGAGAUUCAAUCUUUUGUGGACUGUUACGCCGGAUAUCACCAAAUUCUCAUGGAUGAAAAAGAUGCAGAAAAAAACUGCUUUCACCACCCCAUGGGGUGCCAUCAGUGCCAGAUUCAUAGCGACUUGAUUCACUCACCCCCUUUAGAGUUGCACCCUAUGUCUGCUCCGUGGCCUUUUGUGGCUUGGGGAAUGGACGUUAUUGGGCCGAUUGAACCGAAAGCAUCUAAUGGGCAUCGGUUUAUUUUCGUUGCCAUCGACUACUUUACCAAAUGGGUGGAAGCUGUCACAUUCAAAUCAGUCACCAAGAAAGCAGUGGUGGACUUUGUUCAUUCAAACAUCAUAUGUCGUUUUGGCAUACCAAAAAUCAUUAUUACAGACAAUGCAGCGAAUCUCAACAGCCACCUGAUAAAGGAAGUUUGUGAGCAAUUUAAAAUUGUUCAUCGUCAUUCAACCCCUUAUCAACCCAAAGAAAAUGGGGCUGUUGAAGCGGCAAAUAAAAACAUCAAGAAAAUUCUUAGGAGAAUGGUGCAAAGAUCUAGACAGUGGCAUGAAAACCUACCAUUUGCUCUCUUGGGAUACCGCACGACUAUUCGUACGUUAGGCGGUGCAACUCCUUACUUAUUGGUUUACGGAACUGAGGUUGUCAUACCCGCAGAAGUUGAAAUCCCUUCUCUUCGAAUCAUUGUCGAAGCAGAAAUUGAGGACAUAGAAUGGGUUAAAUCAAGGUUAGAACAAUUAGCACUGAUAGACGAAAAAUGGUUGACAUCAAUUUGCUUUGGUCAAUUAUAUCAGCAGAGGAUGGCUCGAGCUUAUAAUAAGAAGGUACGCCCAAGAAAUUUUGAAGUCGGUCAACUUGUUGUGAAACGCAUCCUUCCCUAUCAAGACGAGGCCAAAGGAAAGUUUGCUUCAAAUUGGCAAGGCCCUUAUGUUAUUAAAUAA